AUGAAUCCAACGGAUAUAAUUCCCGAUAGUGAUCCAUCGAGUAAUGAAGAAGCAUUACCCAGUGAAAUUGUUGAACGGGCGAACGAAGUUCGGAACAAUUUGCUAUCUGUCAAAUCCCGAGACAAACACGCUAUUAACAUCCAUGAUCAUGCGGGUGUAAUUGCUUUUUUAAAACAAAAGCAUAAAGGUUACACACCUAAAAAAUCGAAGGUGUUGAAUACGGAGGAGAUUGACCAAUUCAUUACUGAAGCCCCAAAUUGUGAAUUUCUCGCAAUAAAGGUUGCUUUGAUUUUUGGAGUGUCUGGUGCACGCAGGAGACAAGAAUUGUGUGACACUACCAUCGAUAACAUCAUAGAUAAAGGGGACAUGAUCAUAGUCAAUGUUCCUAGGACCAAAAAUGAUAAACCAAGAUCUUUCAUUGUUCAGGGACAAUUUUACGAAUUAUAUAAAACUUACGCAUCACUCCGUCCACCUAAAGUGACUACUCAAAGAUUUUUCCUAAAUUACCGAAAAGGGAAAUGUACAUCCCAAGUAAUAGGAAUUAACAGUUUGGGGAACAUGGCUGAGGUCGUAGCUACUUAUUUAAAACUAGACAAUCCAGAAUUAUAUACGGGGCAUACGUUUAGGAGGACUGCAGCGAUCAUUCUAGCUGAUACAGGAGCUAAUAACAGGGAGUUGAAAAAUCUUGGAGGAUGGAAAUCCGAUGCUGUAACUGAAGGCUACAUUGAAAAUUCCAUUCAAAAUAAAAAACGAGUCGGAAAUCAAAUAAUGAACGCCAUAAUAAAGCAACCUCCACACGGAGAGAAAAUUCAUAGAAAAAUUACUGUGCUCAGCACUACAAUCGACGUGUGA